CCGGUCGUCAGGUGGCCAGUAUGACCGUGUUGUAUAACUAUAUUCCCUACGAUUCUGAUCGGAAUAUUAAAGGAGGCUAAACAUUACACAAAAUGCACCUGAAACCACGGAUAAAAGUGUGCCAAACGAUGCUGCGACAUAGUAGAUCCUUUGGUACGAGUCCUCCCGCUAGUCAGUCGUUUAGGAAGUGGUACCAGCAACUGUGGACCACGGAACGCACCAACUUGCCGCCAUACAACCAUUUCACCCAGAUUGGUGACCCUGUUCUGAGGCAACAGGCCGCUUUGGUACCCAAGGAGCACAUGGAUAGCCCCGAGAUUGGUGCCAUCGUCGAGCAGAUGGUCAAGGUGCUAAGGAAGUUUGACUGCGUCGGCAUUGCGGCGCCUCAGAUUGGAGUAUCGCUCAGGAUCAUAGCCAUGGAGUUCAAGGGACGGAUCCGAAAGGAGCUGCCCGAGGCCGUUUACCAGGCGCGACAAAUGUCCGAGUUGCCACUGACUGUUUUUAUCAAUCCCGUCCUGACGGUGACCAACUACUCCAAGCUAAAACAUCCAGAAGGCUGCAUGAGUGUGCGAGGUUACUCUGCCGAAGUGGAGCGAUUCGAAGGUGUAAAGCUAACAGGCCUUGACCAACUAGGAAACCAAAGCGAACUGGCUCUGAGUGGUUGGAAUGCCCGGAUAGCGCAGCACGAAAUGGAUCACCUGGAGGGAAAACUAUACACCGAUCACAUGGACCGCUCAACCUUUGCGUGCACCUGCUGGGAGGCGGUUAACACGAAAUCCGGACGCGUGGAGAUACCCUUCUACAAGUAGUUAAGUCGCUCGUGGAACGUUUCACUAUUUAUUCCAUUGGUUUGGUGGGUGCACAAACCCGUAGAUUCUGGAUGGCCGCCCCAAGCGCAGACUUGGCCUUGAAGUACUCCUGACUGUCCCACAAAUCACUCUUGUCCAUCAUGUAAGCAAGCAGUUCUUGGUACUCCCGCAUCAGCAGACGAUGGGUGGCAGCCGUCUUCAACUGUUGCAUCUCAAAUAGCUCGAAAAGAGUCGGCAGAGCCUCAAGCUCUUGAUCACUCGCAGUCUUCAGGCUAAGUUUUUCGUGCUGGGUUCCCAGAAGGCAAUAUUCAUUAUACUGCUCUCGCAGACUCUUGCCAAGAUAAUUGAGGACUGCAGUACGCAGGAUAAACUGCCGUAUGACCGGAUCGGCAUUAGUGCGGCGGAACAUGUUUAGCACAGUCCGGGAAACAACGGUCACCUAAAUCAGCGUGGUACCGGAAAAUACUAAUUCUGGGAAUACAGAUUGACAGAAAUAUCAUUACACCUUGGAAACUAUUUGGUCUUUUAAAUAAUCAGAGUCGCUGCAGCAUCUCAAUUUCAGUCAUUUUGAGGAAUAUAAACAUUUAACUCUCAAUGUAAAGGCACCGAUUUUGCACAGCUUUUGACUAAAAUAAGAUUUUAUAAAUUUAUACCAUUAUUUACUGCCAAAUACAAUGAAGCGCGUUCAUGUGGAUAACUACGCACCAAAGUACUAUAGCGGCAAGUGGUCGUGGGACUCGGAGAAAGACUGCCUCCACU